AUGGCGAGCGGCGGCGCGGGGGGCUACUACCACGGCGACCGGUACGGCUACGGCUACUCGUACCCGCGGCAGCAGCUCGCGCCGUCUCCAUCGCCGGCGGCGUCGUUCCACAUGUGCCUGUUCCUGGCCACGGCGUGCCUCCUCGGCGCCGCGUCGCUCUACUCGCACUGCGAGUCCGCGAUGGAGAGCCUCGUCGACCAGCUCCGGGUCGCCGUCGUCCUGUCCCCGUUCGUCCUCCUCCUCGCGGCGCAGUACUGGUCCGCGACCGGGCGGCGCUGGCGGUCGUCGUACUCGUACUCGUCGCCGUCGUCGUCGUCGCUGCUGGCGGCCCCGGCGCCGGUGGUGUCGUGGGAGCAGCAGCCGCCCUGGUACGACCAGCGGCAGCGGGACGGCGGCGCGUCGUCGCCGUGGGGCGUGGCGCUGGCGCUGGCGCUCGUCCUGCUGCUCAUCUCCUACCAGUCGUGCUUCCAGUACUGGUGGUCCCCGGUCGUCCGCCGCCGGCGCUGA